AGAAAAAGAUUUGACGAAUUUGACGAAACGGAAAAGUGUUGGUGGUGAUAAUAAAGUGGUGUAUUCGUUGAUCGUCGGUGGUGGUAUUUGUAUUGUUGGUGGUGCGGGUGUGUGGUGAAAAGGAGGUGGUUGUGGUGGUGGUGGUGGCACAUCGUGUUAAAAGAGAACACUCGACUGUGACUCUUAACUCAUUACCACGGAUCUCCCCUGGCUGUUUGACGCCACAGCCAUCCUUGAUGAGAGGAGGCACAUGUCCAUUGCUGCCGCUGAAAAUGCAGGGCCUAGCCCGUGUGAACUACAGGACCCACUGUGGGUCAAAAUGAGUGCGAUUACUGGCAGCAUCACCAAGAAGAGAAAGAAAUCAGAUGCCAAGCCUCAGUCGCAGAUUAACAAGUGCCUUAACGAGAAAAGACGACGGCACGAGGAGAACCUGUACAUCGACGAGCUUGCCGAGCUGAUUUCCGCCACGGACAUGAGCUCUGGCAAGACUGACAAAUGCCAGAUCCUUCAGAGAACUGUCGACCAGAUUCGGCACAUUAGGCAACAGGAAAGCUCGAAUAGUCAUGCCGUACAACAGGGAGAAGUGUCUUCAUCGAAUCCUAACAUACUAUCCAACGACCAAGUUGGUCCUAUGUUGCUUGAGGCGUUAGAUGGCUUUCUAUUUGUUGUAAACACGGAGGGUAGAGUGAACCACGUAUCAGACAACAUAACACAGUACAUAAGUUACACGCCGACGGAUGUGCUCGGCAAGGAUAUUUAUAAUAUUAUUCAUCAUGGAGACCACAACACCUUCAUGCCGAACUUGUUGCCUAUACCAUUAGGGUGGACGAACGAGCAACAGCCCCAAAGGAAUCGUACCUUCAAUUGCCGCUUCUUGGUGAAGCCUCCUAAUGAAAGCGAAGCGACUAUGGAAGAGAUGCAGCAACGAGUAUCGAAAUACGAGUCUAUGCAAAUCUGUUCAGCUCUUUUGCCAACUAAUAGCGAUCGUCUGGAGAGCGGUGACGUAUCCUCUGAAUCCCCGGAUAACGGUCCUUCCGUAAUGUGUGUGGCUCGCAGGAUACCCCCAAACGAGAAGCCUAUUGGUCCGCCGAUUGAGCAGUUCACUGUCAAAUUGGACACCACGGGGAAGAUUAUCGCGGUCGAUGUCAUCUGGUUAUCGCCUCCUUACUCCGAGUACCUAAGCAAGGAGCUGAUAGGCACUACGAUAAAAGAUUUGUGCCACCCUCAUGAUCUCACUAAGCUAACUACACAUUUGAACGAUACGCUUCAAGUCGGUGAGAGUACCAGCGGUGUAUACCGGCUACGCGUUAGUCCUGAUAAGUUCCUUAACAUUCAAACAAAGUCAAAGCUUUUUAAAGCAAAUGUGAUGAAUACACUCGUUACCGACUUCAUUAUGGCCACCAAUACCAUCAUUGGGGACAAUGACUUAACGCCUAUCGAGGGUGGUCAGCUUUCCAACAACAAAGUGUGCUCUGGACACUCUAGUAACCGUUGUGCGAAUAAUAGUAAUAAUAAUAAUGGUAACAAUAACAAUAACGUGGGUGGCCCGCUGAUGUCCGUGGCGCAUCUGAACGGUCAAGUGAGUGGUAUCAGUGGUCGGGGGUUGGCGGGCACGUCGUCGCACUCCUGUACCACCGCGACAUCGUCCUCAAACUCGAUAGUGUUUAGCGCGGCCGAGUCUUGCAACCCCCUGCCGUCGCUAAGUACCAGUAAUCCGUUCAACCACUUUUCGGGGAACAUGGACUUGGAAUUCGAGCUCUUCCCCAGUUCCACAUGGGACUUGGAUAGUAGCAGCGGGUGGGCAGAUAGGCCCGAAUCGAGAGCGAGCGGGCCACCAAAUUCACGACCACCUUCCCAGCCAGCCCCGACAUCUCCGAGUCCCCAGGGAACGUUCUCCUCUAAUUCGGCAGUGGCGCCUCAUUGCAGUCCCCUACGCGCGUUCAGCCCGACCUCAGGCAACGCAGCUCACACCUUCAGUAAUUCGUUCCCCUUCAGUCCGCUUCAGGAAUCACAGACGUCCUCCUUGACGAACAGCGCUGCUAGUAGUGUUAGUGCCAACGGAGCCGCCGGAUUGACACCCAAAAGACAGGAUGAAGGGAAGACCGGGUGCUCUACCACCAACCAAUCCACCAUGGAAUCUAGCAACGCGAGAAACAACGUGACAUCGGUAGCUGGUUCGGCGGGAGGAGCCGCGAGUGGCCAGCAGACAGGCGCUGUGGCGACCGUUGUCGAAACUCAGAACAGUGUUGUGUCCACCGAGUCCGGUAGACUGAGAAACUUGUUGACCAAGGGGGCUAGUGUAAGUGAAGAAAGUCAGGACAAUUCGAAUAAUGAUUCCGAGAGCCAAAAUAAGCAUAGGAUAUUAAAGAUCUUGUUAAAUCAGCAAGACGAGGACGAUUUUCAUCCCGAGCAUAAUAAUAAAGUGCGCACGAGUCCUAGCAACAUGCCGAAACCGAGCAUGGAGCAUUCGAAAUCUUCGCUUGGAAAUAAUAUGCUGCUACAGUUGUUGAACGAGAAAAAUGACGAUGAGGACGAAGAGGCUCGCGCCGGUUUGAAGAAGAGAAACGAACUUCUGCAACAGCUUCUGAAAGACCAAGACGACGAGAGGAAAGUGCAAGAGCAGCAGUGUAAGUCACAAACUCGAGAAGAGGAUCCUCUGCUGCGAAGUCUUGGAUUUCGGAACACCACACCAUCCCCGUCUCAAUCAGGCGACAACGUUGGACUCGGUUCGACUCAGGUCGGUCAGAAGAGACCCGGCGAGGAUGGUGACUUGAACAUAGCUGUGAAGCGACCUAUGGAUGGAUCGCAUCAAGUGUCCUCUUCCGGCACGUCCAGCAACGCGACCAGCAAGCUCUGGGAAAAGAAUAAAAUGCUGGCUUCACUGUUGGCUAAGCAGCCUCCUCAGCCUACCACUAUCCCACCAAUACCUGCGUCUGUGAUAUCGGCAACACCACAGGAUAAGCUGCUUCGCAUAGGGUUGAAACCACCGCAACAGCCGUCACAACAGACACAAUCGCAGUCCCAGUCCCAGUCACAAUCACAGCAACAGCAGCAGCAACAACAACAGCAGCAGCAGCAACAGCAGCAGCAGCAACAGCAGCAGCAACAACCUUGGACAGGUGGUAGCAUGCAGUCGGUUGGUGGCAACAAUACAAUUACGACAACUGCAACUUCCGCGCGUACUCCUCUCCAAAGCCAGUCGAGACAACUACCUCGUCAAACAACCAAUACCUACCUCAGUCAUAUGCUAAGUCAGCAACAAAGACCUCAAAUGGGUCAGAUAGAUUCGGAAUUUACGGCCAGUGGGGAGUAUCGUCAAACGAGCACCGAUCCCGGUACAUGGGAUAACCAGUCAUCAGACCCUGAUCUUUCCGAUAUUUUAGAUCAAGUUAUCGAGUUCGUACCGGAUGAAGCGAUUACAGAUUCGUCUGCAAUAGCAAAUCUCCUAGAUGUGAUCGAAGCGCCGCAAAACAACGCGUUGAACGAGAGGAUGGCGAUUAACGCGAUACAGAAGUCGUUGAUGUUAUGCGAGACUGCCGUAAAUCCAACGUCUUCCACCAUAACAAUUCCUGGCACGCCUCCAGCUUACUCCACCGCAUUGAGUACCACACCUGUAACGACGAGCCAUAGUUACCAGCCACCGCCGAUGUACCAGCAACAGCCAAGGAUGAGGUUUAACACGCAACAAGGCGUCAGGCAGACGACCGCUCAAUUUACGCAACAGCAACAGUUACAGUUGCAACAGCAGCGGACGAAAUUGUUACAACAACAACAACAGCAACAGCAACAGUUGAAGCAGAGGCUGCUGCAACAACAGCAGCAGCAGCAGUUACUCAUUCCUUCCAAUGCUACAGCUACGGACCAAAUUACCACAGGCAUUCAUAAUAUCGAUAACCUUCUGAACAAUACUGUUGCGCCAAAUGUAUCGUUACAGCGGUCGAGUGUCCCAGAUUCACAAGUAUCUCCAGGUUAUGGGGGAUCCGUCCAGAUGCCUUCCGGUCACCGACUUGCUCACUCGUACUCUCAUCCUUCAACGUUACCACAACACCCCAUUGUAAACAAUAAUUUUAACAGUGGUCAACAAGUGUCCGCCGCGGCGCGGCUCUCGCCGCAUUCUCCCGCUGGUAUUUUGCCAUUCCCACAUCCACAGCCGUUGUCACCACGAGUGACGCAAGGCAACUAUGGUAACACCCCGAGAUUAUUCAACGUUAACCAGGUGAGAUCGCAACAACAACCGACCGCGCAGCAGCAGUUGCAACAACAACAACAAAGAUCGAUGUCGUCGCCAGGGACACCAGCGUCCGCCCGGCAGUCUCCAUUUCCGGCGGAAACCUUUCCCCCACCUACGUCCCCUACAGCUAGCCAAUUUCCACCUGGUCCUAAUCCUGGUGCUCCAAAUCCUUCAGCCCAAUACCGGUUGCAGCGGACCACAUCUACACCUUCGGCUACGACUCAGUUGCCAGGUGGGGUAGGUUCGCCCCGGCACUACGGUGGAGUGAGUAAGGAACAACCUCUUCUUUCACCUAGUCAUCCACAUUCUGGUUGCAACCCGGCAACACCUACUCACAAUCAACACAACGUAACGAAUACCCAACAACACUUCUCCAACCAACAACAUUCUUCUAUGAUAUACCACACGACCGCCAAUACUAUCAACACAGCUGACAUGCAGAACAAUCAGUUCUGUUACGAUCGGACGUCUGUUCCACUCUAUUCGUCAGGGCCUGGGGACACGCAGGACGCCAGGCCUCUGCCUCCCGGUAAUCCUGUCAAUCACCAAUUGGGUGGAAAUGCUAGCAGCACCUCGGAGUUCGUGAGGCAAGAAAUAAGAGCGAUCGUUGGCGCACGAACGCAGCAACAGCAACAGCAACAGCAAAGGGUACCCAACAACAUUCAGAACAACCUUUCUGGUCAAGUAUCUCAGGAGGAUUUCGAAGCACUCGGUCUGACGUUUGAAAUGUCUUCUGCAGGUGAGGCUGUGGUUAGCGAUGGCCCUGCCAAGAGCUGGGCCAUUGGGAGUGCCGGAAGUGCCCCCUCGUCCUCCAGGACUUCUAUGGAGGAAGUGGCUCGAGGUGAUCCGAAGGUGAACCAGUCGUCGCUGUUACAGAAACUGUUGUCCGAGUGACUGCAGGCCAACGCUUUGCAAAGUAAAGGGAUCUAUGUAAUAUACGUUUGAACACGAGAAAGAAAAAGAAAACGAAACGAAACCAGUAAGAAGAGAGGAGAGAAAGAAGCCAGGGAAGAACGUGAGAACCACGAGUAAACUGUAAAAGGGAGGAAAAAGGAUAAUGUGAAAAGAAAAAUAUCGAUUACACACACACGCAUGUACACUCUAUACGUAAUGGAUACUAAUUGUAUUAUAUGUAAACGCUGCAACACUCGAAGUCAGUAUUCAGAUACGUAUCACCAAAUACAAUUUUGAAGAAAAAAAGAAAAUUAAAGCUAGACCGCUGCGCCGUGCUCUCCGUGGCCUUUUUUCCACGCUGCGACACCUCGAACUCUCGCGAGAGAAACAACGAUGUCGGUAAUGAAGGAAGCUGUGAAAAAAAGUAUGGGGGAAAACGGACGAAAAAAAGAGUAAGAGAGAAGAGGUUAACGCCUUCGCGAUGAAGCGGCGGGCCAGAGCGCCACAUCGACUUUCAGUCUCGUUCUACACUCGA